CCAAAAUGAAAUGGUGAGGACUUGGAGUUUGUUCUGCUGGUGCAGCAUGCGUGAGAUCUUCGACACCUUCCUCACCGACCCUGUCCUGCUGAGCGAAGAUGUGUUUGCCCUGUGGCUGGAAGGGCAGAACACAUCCAGCGCGUUGGACAUCCGCUUCCGGUCGUACGCCCACCCUCCUCCGAUGUCGUCGACGCUGGACUUUAGCGAUGGCACCAACGAAGUCGACCAGCUGCGCGACUUGAUUUGGCGGGACACCGUGGACCAGUACCGUCUGUUUGAGAAGCUCGAGACGUACCUGAUGCAGCCAUUGCUGCUGCGAACGCAACUUCUCUUCCAGAUCCCCCCGUGGCAGCAGCAAGACAUGACCGAAAAGUACUACAUGUUGGACGGCGCAGUGGUGCGGCGGCUGUUGGGCAAGAAGCUCACGUCCCGCGCACAGAAAGACUUGGACGAAGUGAGCGAGCAUUCCCUCCGCACGUUGAAAAACUGCCGCCGCCAAUUUGAAAACUUGCGGCGCAUCUACACGUUCUUGGAAGAGAAAAACAACUUUCAAGGCCCGCUGACGCGCCUCAUCAUGGACCAGUUUUUGAUUUCCGAGAAAUUGGCCGCCAAGUAUGCUUGCGUCGUGUUCUUAAUCCAUGGGCGGUUCGAAGUGCACCCGUCGCACAAGGUCGUGGGCUUCUUGACAUGGAACGACCUGCAGUUCUUCGCGGCGCUCCUCAUGGGCCACUGGGUCGCGCCCUCCAUCAAGCGACACCACUCCAAGCUCCAAGCCAAGGCGGCGGCGUCCGUGCUCACGGAGAGCUCGUCCCUGCUGUGCCUGCGCCGCCGACCCGACGCAGCGGCUUCGGCAACCAAUGAUUUGGAUCCGUGGCCAUCGGUAGCCGUCCUCGAAGCCCGCGUCACCCCCCUAAGUGCCCGCGCAUGCGUCGGCGUCGACUUGAACCAGCGCAUGACCAAUUCACUGCGAGAUCUCAAAGCGCACUUUUUGAACGACGUUGAAACGUUGACAGAGUACCGCAACAUGGUCAUGUCGGUGUUGCAAGUGUCGUUACAAGGCGAUCAACUGGAGCACUUGGGGUUGAAGAUGCUCGUCAUCGUGCGAGGGCUGUUGUCGAUUGGAGCGGGAUUGUCCCAGCCCAAGGAGCUCAAAGAUUUGAUCGAAGACCUCGUGGACGCAGCUGGGAUCGUGUUCAAAGACUCGAAAUUGCGUCUCACAGACAUUGACGUGAUUUUUUCCGCCCUGAUCGAUUCGCUGGGGGCAGUGGACGUGUGGUAUUUAAACGCUGACGACACGCGACAGCUGUUGCUCGCGAGCUGGGAGUUGUUUUUGAGCGUCUGCCGUGCCAUCCUCAUUACCAUUUACGACCGCAUCUAGUAUUACUACUAGUACUACUACUGCUACGACGGGCUGUUCCAAGGCUUGGCGACCACUGCUUGCUGUGACGCCGCCGCCGUGGCAGCGCUCAAGAUCUUGUCCGUGUCACUCGACAGUUUGUCUUCGAUCUCGCGGAUGCCUGGAACCCUACGAAAUCAAUAAUAUAUCCGAAAUAUCAUGCCAUGGACAAAAAAUAACAUAUAAAAAAAUAUCUCGCCUUACGUGUCUCCGUUUUGGACCAUCU